AAGGGGCGGGCGGGUGCGCGCGCUCCCUCGCGCACGCGCGCACGGAGGGGGGGCGACGGCCACGGUGACGUGCUGCGGUGGCAGCGGGUGGACGGCGACGCGUGAGGCGCGUGAUAUCCCGCGUCUUGGGAGCAGUGUCCCGGCCCCCAGCCACUCCCCGCCGCCGCCAUGUCGGGCCGUUCGGUCCGGGCCGAGACCCGUAGCCGGGCCAAAGAUGACAUCAAGAAGGUGAUGGCGGCCAUCGAGAAAGUGCGGAAAUGGGAGAAGAAAUGGGUGACUGUAGGUGACACGUCCCUGAGGAUAUUCAAAUGGGUGCCUGUGACAGAUAGCAAGGAGAAAGAAAAAUCAAAGUCGAAUAAUACAGCAGCCCGGGAACCCAAUGGCUUUCCUUCUGAUGCCUCAGCCAAUUCCUCGCUCCUCCUUGAAUUCCAGGAUGAGAACAGCAACCAGAGCUCUGUGUCAGAUGUCUAUCAGCUCAAGGUGGACAGCAGCACCAACUCAAGCCCCAGCCCCCAGCAGAGCGAGUCCCUGAGCCCAGCACACACCUCAGACUUCCGCACCGAUGACUCCCAGCCCCCAACGCUGGGCCAGGAGAUCCUUGAGGAGCCUUCGCUGCCUGCGUCUGAAGUUGCAGAUGAACCUCCCACACUCACAAAGGAAGAACCAGUGCCAGUGGAGACACAGACCACUGAGGAAGAGGAGGACUCUGGUGCCCCGCCCUUGAAGCGAUUCUGUGUGGACCAACCUGUAGUACCGCAGACUACGUUGGAAAGCUAGCACCAUCCUGGCCCCUCACCUCCUGGCCCCUGCCUCUAUUUAUUGCAUUCUGGUCUGGCCGAGCUCUGAUGCUUGGGGUCCAGGCAAGCACUAGGGUCCAGAGCCUGUGCGUGGGAGCCCUCUGGGCUAGAAGGCUGACAGAGGGCGUGGGGUCGUCGCACCAUCUUCCUGUUCCUGACACUGUGUCUGCUUGCUCUUGAGCAGAGGAGCACUCACAUCUUUUCUGCACCCCAAGUAGGCCAGAGCAUCAGGGUUCAUGUCUCACCUCCAGAACCACUGCACGGAGCUGCUGGCACCGCACGAGGAGAAAGGUGUGGAAGGCACCCUAGAGAAGAGUGCCUAGGAUUACUUGAAUUGAAUGGAGACUGUAGAGUAGGGACUUUGCCACAGGGCCCAGCCCUGCAGGCUGCUGUUGGAAGAGGGACUGAUAGGUAGAGAUGUGGAGAACAUGGGGAGAGGCUCUUUCAGGAGGGACGGGCUUUCUCCACCAGUGGGCAGGAGACCCGUGGGGGAUGCAUCCUGUCCCUGAGGCAGGCCGGCCUCUGUUGGAUGCCCCAACUGCUCCCAGCCCUGUGCCUGCCAGAACCUUCUGCUUCCUCACACGCUAUGCGCGCGCACACACAGCUUCCUGUUUUCACCUGUCCUUUCAUUCCAGCAUCCCUACCUCCUGCUGCAGAAAACCCCAGCCAUGAUUGGAGGUUCUGACCACAGUACCUGCCCUCAGUACUCCUUCAGCUCAGACUUUCUAGAAAGUUCCCUUUUCUUUAAAAUCUGCAUGUUUAAUUAAACUUUAUGAUUUUAUUUUUUGUCUGAAAAACGUUUAAGAAAAUGGAAAUGGGCAACAGCAAGUGAAGACCUAUUUUAGCACUGAAUAGAGUAUUUUUAAAAUUAAACUAUUUGAAGUAUG